AUGCUUCAAAACUUACUCACAAAUAAGUCAACGGUUCAAGAUUUACUCUCAAGUAAGGCAAUGCUUCAAGAUUUACUCACAAGAAAGUCAACUCUUCAAGAUUUACUCACAAAUAAGUCAAUGCUUCAAGAUUUACUCUCAAAGAAGGCAAUGCUUCAAGACUUACUCAUAAAUAAGUCAACGCUUCAAGACUUACUCACAAAUAAGUCAACGCUUCAAGAUUUACUCACAAAUAAGUCAAUGCUUCAGAAUUACUCUCAAAGAAGGCAAGGCUUCAAGACUUACUCAUAA